CUGACGGGCGCAGUGCUGCUCUGCUAUUGGUGGAGAGGGUUGUUGUUCACACAGCAGCCAAACAUUUCACUGAACCUGAGAGACGAUAACCAGCUGCCCACAGUCCAAGUAGGCUACACCUCUGCACAACAGUCAUGUUCCUGUAUCUCCUGGGGUUGCUGCUCUUCUACUACCUGUACCGCUGGGUUAGAGAGCUACCCAGGGUCCCUGACAAGGGCACCAAGUAUGUGUAUAUCACAGGCUGCGACACCGGCUUUGGCAACCUCCUGGCCCGCCACCUGGACCAGAAGGGCUUCAGAGUGAUCGCCUCCUGUUUCAGCGAGAAGGGAGAAGAGGAUCUGAAGAAGUCCUGCUCCAAGAACCUGAUCACAACGCACCUAGAUGUUAGGUCCAAGGACAGCGUAGCCAAAGUCGCAGCAAUGAUCAAGGACAAAGUGGGGGAGCGUGGGCUAUGGGCUGUGGUGAACAAUGCAGGCGUGUCCAUCCCGUCCGGUCCGUGUGAUUGGCUAACCAUUGAUGACUACAAGUCCAUGCUGGACGUCAACCUGCUCGGAGUGAUCGCAGUGACCUUAAGUGUCCUGCCGCUAAUUAAGAAGGCCAGGGGUAGGGUGGUGAAUGUAGCCAGUGUGUUUGGGAGGAUCAGUGUCACAGGAGGCCCGUACACUAUUUCCAAGUACGGGGUGGAAGCAUUUAAUGACAGCCUCAGGUUAAAUAUGGCACCAUUCGGCAUCAAAGUCCUCUGCAUUGAGCCGGGCUUCUUCAAAACAAAUGUGACCGACUAUUCUAUUCUGGCCAAGAAUGUGAAUUCUCUGUGGGAGAAAGUGCCCCAGGAGGUCAGAGAUGACUACGGAGCUGACUAUCUACAAAAGUCGCUAGUGGUAAUAACAGAGAAAGUUACCAAGAUCAGUGAUGGAGAUCUGAUGAAGGUGGUCCGCUGCAUGGAGCACGCUGUGUCUGCCGUCCGGCCCCGCACUCGCUACUCCCCGGGCUGGGACGCCAAGCUUUUCUGGCUGCCGCUGUCGUACAUGCCAACCUGUGUCUCCGAUUACAUUAUGACCUUACAAGCCAUUCCAAUUGCCAAGAAAUAAGUUUAUUUUUGUAUCCAUGUGUGCACAUUUUAUGCAAUUGGAAAAUUACAGUUUUGCAAGAAUAUUACUGGUAUAUUUAACAAAAAGAUCACUUCUCAGUAUAUUGUCUAAACUUGCUUUUCUUACGAGCGGUUUUAUUGUGUGUACACAAGGCCACCUAAUCUACAGGCAGUUUGUGAAUUUGAUAGGCAAGUGAAGGUUGAGAAGCAAUAAAAACAUUCCUGUAGACAAGUGUAGUUGUUUUAGCUCAAAGGUGACUAAACCUGAGCCUUUUAAAUGUUGAUGAACAGGAAAUCAGAGUGUGCAAACACUGCAGGCAGAUACUAUGCUUAUUUGUACAUGUAAUCUUUGUAAAGGAUUGUCAGUUUGUGCUCUAUAAAUAAACUUGACUAAACUAAAA